CGUCAAUCCAAAAGGGACACAGAACGCACGCUGUUGUUAUCUCUUUCGUAGAAGCCAUUUUUUGCAUUUCAUAGUUUUCAUCUCACGGCCCUACAUAGUGUGCAGAUGUUGGUUAACUUCCGCGAAUACAUAUGUAAAACCUAGAGCAAGACAUCGAUCCCUUGUCGAGUUGUGACUAUGGACGGAUGUUGAGUUGGUGUUCAGGGACAGAGUCGAUAACAAAAUCGAUGGGGAACAAUGUAACGGCGUUCUAAAGAUCACACAACAAGGAUACCGUACCUAAAACAGACCCGAUACCAUAACACAUGGCCCUGCGUGAUUUUAGAUAAGCCUGCAGCAAGUUGUCACUCAUACAAUACCCUAUCCAUAUCGCCAACAACAGCCUUAAAAACGAGAAUUCCAAAUGUUUUAGAUUCAUAAGUCGGGUUCCGUCUCUGUAAAACAUGGGGUGCGGGUCAAGUGCGAACUCGGUUCAAGCCACGCCAGCACUGGUCAUCGUAGGGGGAGAGGAACAGAUUGGAGAAGACUGGACACGGUCCACCAAGAUAGAGGUUUACAGGUUGCUGGGCUGCACGUUUUUGAAAUCGUUUGAUCUUCCCGGCAAGAACGGACAUAAUUUGAUUGGUGGCUACUCGGUAUCUGGACAUAGCAGCAAGCCGCUGAUUUUUAUAACAGGAGGCUACUAUAAAGAAGACAAGGAACCAACACAGGAAUUCUGGAAGAUAAAUCUCUCCCAGUCUCCAAAUGAAAGCUACAUGGAACAGCUGCCAGACAUGCCUGUGGCCAUGAAGGAUCACAAGUCCUGUAUUCUGACUUCUGACAACGAGGCAUUCCUUUACAUAGUCGGCAACAAAAAUAUCAGUCUACGAUUCAAUUUUUCCAGCGAAACCUGGGAGCAUCUUCCCAAGUUACCCGAGGAAAUGGCAAUCAUACAAGGUCUCCAUUAUGUAGCAGGCAUAUUGUACUGUAUGGGUGGCGGCUCCAUGUACUCCCACAAGCCAUCAGAGGGGAUAAAGGGAUCAUGGAACAUGUGCAUAGAUGAUAACAGUUUCCCACAUGGACUUACAGCAGAUGCUGCAGGAAAAAUAUACACUUUUGCAACUGGAAAAUCUCUCCACGAGUUUGAGCCCCAGUCUCGACUUCUCUCCAAAGUCUGCGAUAUUAAUCCACUGGACAUACAGGGUCAUGGGGCAAUGGUGGGAUUUGGGGACAGGACCAAUUCAUAUCUGUAUUUUACUGGAGAACAUAAAAAGGACACAAAAGUGGAUGUGAACAGGGUGAUAGAGUUUGAUUUAGAAAUGCAUAGAGCUGUUGUUGCCGGGUACCUUAAACAUAAGAACCAUGGCCAUAUUGGGCUAAUUGUUCUUAUGUAGACAACUCCUCGUUUUAUACAAGAGGAUUGUGACUAAGCUUGAGAAAAUUGUUGUAUUUUGCCAACAUGUUUAAGAACCUUUGUGAAAAGGGUUUCAUACUUCAGAAGCUGAAUGGAACUAGAAAAACUUUCUUCUGAACACAAAUAGAUAGUAUUACACGGAUUGAAGUUUUUUCUUUAACUUUUUAUAAAUGGAUGUCA